AUGUCGCUGAGCAAGACGAGCAACUUCCCCGCGUGGUGCGAGAAGAACGGCGAGCUCGGAAAGAAGCUGUCGCGCGAGUACGUCGACAAGGACAAGCCGCCGACGGCGGUGACGAAGGCGUCGCACUACAAGGCGAAGUGGAAGUGCAGCAACGUCGAGUGCAAGCACGUGUGGCGGGCGAAGGUGAACAACCGCACGAGGAGCCACAGACCCGGCGGGUGCCCACAGUGUGCGAAUAAUGCGCCGGCGAGCAAGACGAACAACUUCCUCGUGUGGUGCGAGAAGAACGGCGAGCUCGGCAAGAAGCUGUCGCGUGAGUACGUCGACCCAGACAGGCUGCCGACAGCGGUGACGAAAGCGUCGAGGUACAAGGCGCUGUGGAAGUGUGGGAGGUGCUCGCACGAGUGGCACGCGAGGCUGCACCACCGCACGACGAGCGACAAACCCAGCGGGUGUCCGGAGUGCAAAAUGCCCUGA